CUGUAGUCGCACUCAGUCGUCCUCUGCGUUUGCAAGCGGAAACUCGGUUAUUUUGUUUCUGUCCGGAGUCACACAAAAAAAGGAGGCGAAAUCGCGGGAGGAAAAAUUGCUUUCCGUUUGCAAGACCAGCCUGUUUGACGGUGUGAUCCUUACAUCAUCGUGAGGCAGUGAGAGACACAGAGAAAGAAAGAGAGAAAGGGAGCGGGGAAGUGGGAGAGUGAGAACACUUGUACCAGGCUCUUCUCUGUCAGUCCUCAGUUGCAAAGCGAGGCUGACGGAUCUCACUGGCGAUUUUGCCUCUCUGCUCCGUGGUCCCUCUCCCGUUCGCCUGCGCACCACACCGGCCGUGAAGAUGCACCGGCAGCGUCCUGCCCAGAGACCGACGUUGAUAGUGCCCCUCGUUUUGUGGAUUUUCUGCUACAUCAACAGUGUGCACGGAGCUCUACCAACAACCCAGAAGUGUGAUGAGGCUCUAGCCUCUCCGUUGCUUCACACGGCCUUCACCAGCUCAUCCGUCUUCUCCAGUGGAUAUGCACCUGGAUAUGCCAAGCUCAACAGGAGAGGAGGUGCUGGAGGAUGGUCACCUCUAGACAGUGACCAUUACCAAUGGGUCCAGGUGGACCUUGGCUCUCGAAAGCAGGUGAGCGCCAUUGCAACACAGGGUCGGUACAGCAGCUCAGACUGGACGACGCAGUACCGUCUACUCUACAGCGACACAGGAAGGAACUGGAAGCCAUAUCACCAAGAUGGCAACAUUUGGGCCUUUACUGGAAACUCCAAUUCAGAAAGUGCAGUUCGUCAUGAACUGCAGCAGGGAAUUGUGGCUCGCUUUCUUAGGCUCAUCCCAGUAGCCUGGAGUGAAGAGGGACGUAUUGGUCUCCGCAUAGAAGUGUAUGGCUGUUCUUACUGGGCAGACGUUACCAACUUUGAUGGGCAGGGAGUGAUUUCAUAUCGUUUUAAGGUUAAGAAGAUGAAGAUUAUAAAAGAUGUGAUCGCACUGAGAUUUAAGACAUCAGAGAGCGAGGGUGUGAUUCUCCAUGGGGAGGGGCAGCAGGGUGACUACAUCACUCUGGAGCUUCGCAAGGCCAAGUUACUGCUUCAGAUAAACCUGGGCAGUAACCAGUAUGGGUCUAUCCUGGGUCAUACCUCUGUGACCACUGGCAGUCUUCUGGAUGACAAUCACUGGCACUCAGUGGUGAUUGAACGCUACCGUCGCAAUGUUAAUUUCACCUUAGAUGGACACACACAGCACUUUAGGACUAAUGGAGAAUUUGAUCAUCUUGAUUUGGACUAUGAGUUAAGUUUUGGGGGGAUGCCAUACAGUGGGAAGCCUGUGGGAGGUGGAAGAAAAAACUUCAAAGGUUGCAUGGAGAGCAUCAACUACAACGGAGACAACAUUACAGACCUGGCCCGCCGUAAGAAGCUAGACACUUCCAGCUUUCAGCGUAACCUGUCUUUCACCUGCGUGGAGACACACACCUUCCCAGUCUUUUUCAAUGCGACAAGUUUCCUGCAGCUGCCCGGUCGAGCCAAUCACAACACGGUGUCUGUGGGCUUCCAGUUUCGUACGUGGAACCCUGAUGGCCUUCUGCUGUUCAGUAAUCUUGAUGAUGGCACUCUGGAAAUCUCCCUCGAAGAAGGCAAAAUUACAGUUCAUAUCAAUGUUACGACAGCAGCCAAAAAUUACCGAGCGGACCUACUAUCAGGCUCAAGUCUCAGUGAUGGCCAGUGGCAUGCCGUACGUCUGGUAGCCAAAGAGAAUUUUGUCCUGUUGACAGUAGACGGCGAAGAAAUGUCUGCCGUGCGUUCCACCUCACCUCUCAGCAUUACUACGGGAGGAACAUAUCACCUAGGAGGGUACUUUCUGCAAACACUGUUCCCACCAUCCCAGCGAUCCUUUCAGGGAUGCAUGCAAGUAAUCCUGGUGGAUGACCAACCUGCUGAUUUGCAUGCAGUGGAGAAAGGCACAGUGGGAGCGUUUGAGAAUAUCAGCCUGGACAUGUGUGCAAUCAUAGACAGGUGUAUGCCUAACCACUGUGAACAUGGAGGACGGUGUAAACAGACAUGGGACAGGUUUAGUUGUAACUGUGAUGGAACAGGAUACAGUGGAGCAACCUGCCACACAUCCAUCCAUGAGCCUUCAUGUGAGGCUUAUAAGCAUUUGGGUCGCUCAUCUGACACCUACUGGAUUGACCCAGAUGGUAGCGGACCUCUUGGCCCCUUCAAAGUCAACUGCAACAUGACAGAAGACAAAGUGUGGACAACUGUUAUGAACAACCUGCCACCCAGAAUAUCCAUCACUGGCUCGAGCAGAGACAGGCGGACUAUCCUACAAGUCAACUACAGUACCUCUAUGGAUCAGGUGACAGCCAUCACCACCAGUGCAGAACACUGCGAGCAGCAAAUCAUCUACGGCUGUCGCAUGUCCCGACUACUCAACACUCCAGACGGGACCCCGUACACAUGGUGGGUUGGCCGAGGGAGCGAGAAGCAUUUUUACUGGGGUGGAUCGGGUCCUGGAAUCCAAAAGUGUGCCUGUGGCAUGGACAAAAACUGCACAGACCCCAAAUAUGACUGCAACUGUGAUGCUGAUGCCAAACAAUGGAGGGAAGAUUCUGGUCUCUUGACAUAUAAAGAGCACCUGCCAGUUAGCCAGGUUGUUGUUGGUGACACAAACAGACCGGGUUCUGAGGCCAAACUCUCAGUUGGACCACUCCGCUGCCAUGGAGAUAAUAACUACUGGAAUGCAGCAUCAUUCACCACCCCGUCAUCGUACCUGCAUUUUGCCACCUUUCAGGGAGAAACCAGCGCUGACAUCUCCUUCUAUUUCAAGACAAGCGCUCCCUACGGCGUCUUUCUGGAAAAUCUGGGCAACACUGACUUCAUCCGCCUGGAGCUCAAGACUCCUACAGUGGUCUCCUUUUCUUUUGACGUUGGAAACGGACCUGUGGAGCUAACCGUGCACUCAGCUACACCCCUCAAUGACGACCAGUGGCAUCGCGUGAUGGCUGAGCGUAAUAUCAAAGAGGCAGUCCUCCAGGUGGACCAAACGUACCGGACAUCCCGGCUAGCACCCGCACAGGGACACACACGGCUAGAGCUGUUCAGCCAGCUCUACGUCGGGAAACCAGCUGCACUCACCUGUCAAGACAGUGCUGCGGGGGGCCAGAGGGGGUUUCUGGGCUGUAUCCGAGCCUUACGAAUGAAUGGCAUCACCCUCAACCUAGAGGAGAGAGCCAAAGUCACGCCUGGGGUUAUGUCUGGCUGCCAGGGCCACUGUACGAGCUUUGGGGUGUACUGCAGGAAUGGAGGAAAAUGUGUGGAGAGAUAUAACGGCUAUUUGUGUGACUGCACCACCACCGCCUUCAACGGCCCAUUCUGCACCAAAGAUGUUGGCGGUUUCUUUGAAGCAGGAACACUGGUCAAAUACAACUUCAUGCCUGAAGCAGUUCAAGGGGCCAGUAAAGACACAAAAGCCUUGACACAACAGCUGAUGCCAAAUGAUGUGAAUUUAACAACGGAAGAGGUGACCUUCAGUUUUAGCACAUCCAGGGCUCCAGCUGUUCUCAUGUAUGUUAGCUCCAAGACACAGGACUACCUGGCUGUGGUGUUGAGAAACAAUGGUUCGCUGCAGGUUCGGUAUAACCUUGGUGGUCUGAGGGAGCCGUUCGCAAUAGAUGUUGACCAGCGUAACCUGGCCAAUGGACAACCACACAGCAUUAACAUGUCCCGUCACAACAGAAGCAUCUCCAUCCAGUUGGACCAUUACCCUCCAGUGAACUACAAACUACCAGAUGCCUCAGACAUACAGUUCGACCUGGUCAAGACACUGUUCUUAGGCAAAGUCUACGAAACCGGACCUAUAGACCCUGUCCUCAUCGAGCAAUACAACAGCCCAGGUUUCAUCGGCUGCCUGUCACGGGUGCAGUUCAACAGGGUCGCUCCUCUCAAGUCUGCACUGAGAAAAGCCGCAGAAGUUCAGGCCGACAGUCACCCUGCAUCUACCUCUCCUGUGUCCUACCAGGGCAAACUUGUGCAAUCUAACUGUGGGGCGUCCCCUCUCACCAUCCCACCAAUGUCUGCUGCACCGAACCCCUGGCCUCUGGACAACACGGAUGCAGAGACCCCCCUCAAUGAAGAGCGAGUCAUUCCUGAUGGAGUUAACAGGGACUCUGCUAUCAUUGGAGGGAUCAUCGCCGUGGUGAUCUUCACCAUCUUGUGCACUCUGGUGUUCUUGAUCCGCUACAUGUUCCGUCACAAAGGCACCUACCACACCAACGAGGCGAAGGGCAGCGGGGAGUCGGCCGCCGAGUCGGCGGACACGGCCAUCAUCGGCACCGACAACCCAGAGACCAUCGACGAGUCAAAGAAGGAGUGGUUCAUUUAACAGGCUAACGAUGGAACUCAGACAGAGCAGGCAACAUGGGAGACCCUCGUUGCUCACAGAUGGAGGAAGUUUAUUUAAACGACCGAUCACUGGCGAUACAAGAGGAGUGACUGUUCAAAAGGACACCAAACUCUGUGAGAAGUUAUGGGGUGUGGGAAAUUUCUGUUCCUUUUUUAUAUCCAGAGUAUAAGAAAAAGAAGAGAGACGCUUAUCCUGACAAGCACAGCUGUUAAAGACUGUACAUGUAUAUACUAACCAGCUUAUCCUUCUUUGUAUCGUGCUUGGGAGUUUUCAGGAGUCCUUUGAACACUGUGUAUGACAAAUAAUUACACUUACUGGGUGGUGUAAUAGCAAAGAUUUAUUGCCAGUCCUUGUUUGGUUUUGAUUUUAUAUUUAAACAAAAAUCUUAUAUAAGAAAUGAUCAAAUCGACAUGCCAAACAUUUUCAUUUUUCGUUUUGUUUUUUCAAGCUGUAGUCGCAUCAUUCUGUCAACACAUUUGUCCAGUGGAGCACAUCCUUUAACAUGGAAGCAUAGAGUUUAUCAUGGAUGUCGAAAGUCUCUUUGUAAAUAUAUUUUGUGUCAGUUUUCCUGAAAAGAUUUAUUUAGAGUCCAAAUGCCAAUAAGAAAUGUCAUAUCUAUAUUACAGUGAUAUCUGUCCAUGAUAUUAUAUAUGUGUAAAGUACAGAGUUUUAUCUUGAGGUCUCAUGACAUUCGAUUGUAAGGGACUGUGGCAGCGCAGAGAGGGGUUUCUCAGAGCAUGAUGGCAAAUCAUGACGCUCCAUAGUUGGCUUUAGCUCAUCAUCAUGGCAGCUUUCUUUGAGUUUAUGAGUGAAACCAGGAGCCUUUACUCAUUCAGACGUGAGAGGUCACAAAGUUUCUUUGCCAAACACUUCCGUCUUAUUUCCAAACUUUGCAAUUAUUAUUUGGCUUUGAACGAUUGUUUUUUUUUUUUUUGCAUUUCUUUUCAUGUUAAACGAACAUAAUUUAUGCAUGCAUCUGUGUGUGUAGGUCAAAAGCAAAACAAGAGCCAGAGGAAGCAGUUUCACACAGUUUUUCUUUAUGCACUUAGCUCUAAGCAUUAAGGAGCCUGAAGCAGCAUGAAUACAAACAAGAAAUCUGAACAACACCUGGGAUGAGGUUAGAGUGAUAAUUGGCUUAUGAGUCUGCUGUGCCUUUAAGGUGUUGAGCCAUAUCGCCUUUCCCCCUCUUACUUAACUUAAACCCAUAACAAAGACUUAACUGAUGCUGCAUGAAAUCUUUUCAGGUUUUGUUUUUUUCCUAUGUAAAAUGGUGCUCUUCAGUUCCCCAUGCAUCCCAGCAAGGGAAAAGUCCACACAGUUUUUCUCAGCUCAUCAGAUACGUCAGUGACAAUAAGAAAGUUAAGCACCCAAAUGGAGUGGUGGAAAUUAAAUAAAGCAGGUUGUGAAUUGAUGACUGUAUUACAAUGAGUUCAAUAGCAUAUCAAAUGAAUAAAGGUGUCGGUACAAUGUUGGGCUCAUAUGAGUGGCAAUUCUCACAGCCUGGAUUCAAGCAGCAGUUCAGUCCAGAGCAGAGUCACAUGGCUGGUGGCGGUUCUGGUAUGAAUGCCACCCUGAGCGAGAGCCUCCUUCUGUGCCUGAAAAAUGUGACAAAAGAUUUAAUGAUAUAAAUGUUUGAAGAAAAAAAAACUUACUCAAAAGGCUUCAAAAGACCCAGUUAUUUUUUUUAAAGAAUCUAUGGCCGGUGUAAUAUAAUUCAGUCCAGGUUUGACCUGCCUAUAAACGUUUUCAUGCUUGCCUCAAUCUAUGAUGGUCUUCAUGCUAAAAAAAAUUUGUAUUUUGUUUUCACUAAUAGAAUAAAGAUUUCAUUAUACAGCUAUAUUUACCUACAAGGUUUACUCUGAACAACAAAGGAGCAUGCCCAAUAGAAAACUUGUUUGGAGUGCAUCUUAUAGAUUACUUUUUUAUACUUGCUACCCCCUAAAACAGUGGCUCCCCUGGGCAAAGAGCCAUAUCACCUAUAUCAGAAACCACUACUGCAUACUGCCUUUGUAAUGACAUUUAGGUGGCUGUUCCCAAUGCACCAUCUCUUUGCAAAUCCAAUCCAGUAUGUUACAAUCACCAGUAUGCAUUUAUAUCAAAUGACGUACAAAUCCAACCAUUCCUUCUGUGUGCUUAACUUUUUUGUCUACUUUAGGGAUAGCUGUGCACAGUAUGGAUGUGCUGCUUGUAAACCACCACACUUGCCCUAUGAGUCGCACACAAGCUUUGCUUUUCUUUUGCUAUAACUGUUACUUGUGUUACAAUUGAAACCAGCUGCCAACUAUGUUUUUAUUUUUAGUUUCAGUUUGAAUUUUUCUGUCAGUUUGGCUAAAGAGCUUCCACUCACGUGAAUGAUUUUAUAGCGGAUUAUCAUCACCAUCGCCUCAGGGUUGUAUGCUUACCACAGAUCACUCUAUCAGAGACAUAUUGGCAGCUGAGGAGCUCAGCUCGCCUUCUUCUGAGGCCUCAAAGCAACCUUUCUCUGUUCCAACAUCACCACCCUCUCACAUAUUAUUACUGCUUUCCUUUUUCUAAUUAUAUUAUUCAGUCCCAAUAAACAUGCACGCACACCCUCUAAUUGUGGUUUAAACAUAACAUGAAUGAUUAUCAGUGCUCACAAACUAAACCAUAAUGCAUAUGUUCAGCUUUCAGUUCUAUUGAGUACAAUAAAGUGUUUGAUCAAUAAAAUCUUUUUUUUUUCAAUGCA